UCGGGGAGGCCAACAAUGGCGGCGGCGGUGGCGGCGGGAGGAGGAGGUGGAGGAGGAGGAGGAGGAGCGGGGCCCGGAGCGGCCGCGGUGGCUGUGGCGGCGGCAGCGGCGGCCGCCGCGGCUGCUGGGGGCGGCCCGGGUUUGGCGGCGCUGUCGGUGGCUCGGCGGAAGGACGGCGGCCCGACGGGCAAGUUCUGGGAGAGCCCCGACACCGUGUCCCAGCUCGACUCGGUGCGAGUCUGGCUCGGGAAGCACUACAAGAAGUAUGUUCAAGCAGAUGCUCCUACCAAUAAAACGCUGGCUGGGCUGGUGGUGCAGCUGCUGCAAUUCCAGGAAGAUGCCUUUGGAAAACAUGUCACCAAUCCUGCCUUCACAAAGCUUCCUGCAAAGUGCUUCAUGGAUUUCAAAGCUGGAGGUACAUUAUGUCACAUUCUUGGUGCUGCUUACAAAUAUAAGAAUGAACAGGGCUGGCGGAGGUUUGACCUGCAGAAUCCAUCCCGAAUGGAUCGAAACGUGGAGAUGUUCAUGAACAUUGAGAAAACACUAGUGCAGAACAACUGUCUGAGUAGACCAACCAUCUACCUCAUUCCAGAUAUAGAACUGAAGCUGGCUAAUAAAUUAAAGGAUAUCGUCAAACGCCACCAGGGAACAGUAACUGAAGAGAAAUCAAAGGCUACCCACCACGUUUAUCCAAGUCCUACCUCAAUGGAUGAUGAUGAAUGGCUGAGACCUGUGAUGAAAAAAGACAAGCAGGUGCUGGUACACUGGGGAUUCUUUCCAGACAGCUAUGACACUUGGGUUCAUGCCAAUGAAAUAGAUGCUGAAAUUGAGGAUCCUCCAAUUCCUGAAAAGCCAUGGAAGGUUCAUGCCAAGUGGAUUUUGGACACAGAUAUAUUCAACGAAUGGAUGAAUGAAGAGGAUUAUGAGGUAGAUGAGAACAGGAAAUCAGUGAGUUUUCGGCAGAGAAUCUCCAUGAAAAAUGAAGAGCCUGUACGUAGUCCAGAGAGGAGAGACAGGAAAGCAGCAGCAAGUACAAGAAAGAGAAAGCAUUCUCCUUCUCCACCCCCCACUCCUGUGGAGUCAAGAAAAAAGACAGGGAAGAAAGGACAAGCAGCCUUAUAUGGGAAAAGGAGAGGGCAGAAAGAAGAAGAUGAGCAAGAAGAUCUUACAAAGGACAUGGAGGAUCCCACACCGGUACCUAAUAUAGAAGAAGUGGUACUUCCCAAAAAUGUGAACCCAAAGAAAGACAGUGAAAACACACCUGUGAAAGGAGGAACAGUAGCGGACCUCGAUGAACAGGAUGAGGAGACAGUGGCAACUGGAGGAAAGGAAGAUGAAGACCCUAACAAAGGUGAUCAAAGUCGGUCAAUUGAUCCAGGUGAAGAUAACGUCACAGAACAAACCAACCACAUCAUUAUUCCAAGCUAUGCAUCUUGGUUUGACUACAACUGUAUUCAUGUGAUUGAGCGUCGCGCUCUUCCUGAAUUCUUCAACGGAAAAAACAAGUCCAAGACUCCAGAAAUAUACCUCGCUUACCGCAACUUCAUGAUCGACACCUAUCGCUUAAACCCUCAGGAGUAUUUGACCAGCACUGCCUGCAGAAGGAAUCUGACUGGAGAUGUGUGUGCUGUCAUGAGAGUACAUGCUUUUCUGGAGCAGUGGGGUCUCAUCAACUACCAGGUGGAUCCAGAAAGUCGUCCCAUGGCCAUGGGCCCUCCUCCUACUCCUCAUUUCAACGUGCUCGCAGAUACACCCUCUGGCCUGAUGCCUCUCCACAUCCGCACUCCCCAGGUUCCAGCUGCUCAGCAGAUGCUGAGUUUUCCUGAGAAAAACAAAGAGAAACCUACUGAUCUGCAGAACUUUGGACUUCGCACAGAUAUUUACUCAAAAAAGACUUUAGCAAAGAGUAAAGGUGCAAGUGCUGGAAGAGAAUGGACAGAACAAGAGACGUUGCUGCUAUUAGAAGCUCUGGAGAUGUACAAAGAUGACUGGAACAAAGUCUCGGAGCACGUUGGGAGCCGUACCCAGGAUGAGUGCAUUCUCCAUUUUCUGAGGCUUCCUAUCGAAGAUCCCUAUUUGGAGAACUCCGAUGCAUCCCUUGGCCCGCUGGCUUACCAGCCCGUUCCUUUCAGCCAAUCUGGCAAUCCCGUGAUGAGUACUGUUGCUUUUCUGGCAUCGGUGGUGGAUCCCCGGGUGGCAUCAGCUGCAGCAAAGGCUGCAUUAGAGGAGUUUUCUCGAGUCAGAGAGGAAGUACCACUGGAGCUAGUUGAAGCUCACGUAAAGAAAGUACAAGAAGCAGCACGAGCCUCUGGGAAGGUGGAUCCAACGUACGGGCUGGAGAGCAGUUGCAUUGCUGGAACAGGUCCAGAUGAGCCGGAGAAAAUCGAUGGAGCUGAAGAAGAAAAAAUGGAAACAGAAACAGAUGGGCAGCAGUCUGAGAAGGUUGAAAACAAAGUGGAGAGUGAAAUUGAGGAAGGUGAUAAAGCACAAGAGGGAGAAAACGAGAGAAACCCAGAAAAAGAACAAGAUAGCGAAGUGACUGCAGACACCAAGACAGAAGAAAAGGAGACAGAAGAGAACAAGGAGAACGUUGAUGCAAGCAAAGACAAAGAAAAUGAGGCUGGGAAGAAGAAAGUGGAACAUGAAAUCUCGGAAGGAAACGUAGCUACAGCUGCAGCUGCUGCUCUUGCCUCAGCUGCCACCAAAGCAAAGCAUCUAGCAGCAGUGGAAGAAAGAAAGAUCAAGUCCCUGGUUGCCCUUCUGGUGGAAACACAGAUGAAGAAGCUGGAGAUAAAACUUCGCCAUUUUGAGGAGCUGGAAACCAUUAUGGACAGAGAGAAAGAGGCAUUAGAGCAGCAGAGACAGCAGUUGCUGACAGAACGCCAGAAUUUUCACAUGGAACAGCUGAAAUACGCUGAAUUAAGGGCUCGUCAGCAAAUGGAGCAGCAGCACAGUCAAAACCCACAGCAACCUCACCAGCACUCCGGUGGGCCUGGAAUGAACCCGCUCGGGGCACCAGCACAUCCAGGCCUCCUGCCCCAUCAGCAGCCCCCGCCGUACCCAAUGAUGCACCACCAGAUGCCACCACCCCACCCACCACAGCCAGGUCAGAUGCCAGGACCUGGCUCGAUGAUGCCUGGGCAGCCCAUGCCAGGCCGGAUGAUGCCCAGCGUGGCGGCCAACAUCCACCCGGCCGGCGGCGGUCCCCCCCCACCCGGCAUGUCACCGAUGUCAGGGAACCUCAUCGGACCCCGCGUUCCUCUAGCAGCUCCCAACGGCAUGUAUCCCCCCCCUGCGCAGCCGCCUCCACCAGCGGAAGGGGUGACCCCACCUCCGGCAGGAGCCCCGCCGGCCUCAGCAGCUCCCUAAAGCAGUCGAGGAAGAAGGAACUUCUACAGCAGCAUAGUGGUGACCAAAAAUAACUCCUCAGUUACCUUCUGUUCCCCGGGGGGCUUUUCGCCUCCUGUUCACCUGCCCCAGCUCCUUCCCCUGCUCCCCUCCGCUCGCAGCCCGUCAGGAUUUGGCAUUCCUUUGGGAAAUCUUUAGAUCAGAAACGCCAGCGAUGCUCCCGUCUUGCUGGUGGGAAGCCCUUUACGCUUCUUCUUGCCUUCCGGAGCGUCCUCAACUCUGGUUUUCUUUCAUCUUGGUGUUUUGAGCUUUGGGUUCUCCUGGGAAGCAUAAAAAAAAAAAAAUAGGAAUAAAAAAAUGAAGCUUUUAAGGUGGAGGCAUUAACCGAGCUUUAGGAUGCAGCACGUGCCCAAUCCACCUGUGGCUUCGUGCUUCAGGUUCUCCAGGCAGAACGAGCAAAGCAUCAAGAUCGGAUGCUAAACCAGCGUUUUUUGGGCUGAAAAGGAAAAUAAAUAAGGGCGUGCUGUAGCACGGAAGGUGCAGGAAUGCCAGCCAUGUUCAUUAGAGGUAUCUGAUCAUUAAGGACAGUAGCUGAGUCCUGGGGCUGCCUCGCUAACUUAUUAAAGAAAAUAUUGAUCCAGUGCGAAUGAAGCCAGGAGGAAAUCAAUUGGAAUAAAACCACUCACCGGUAGGAGUUUUUCUUGCUCCAGUUUUUACCUUCCUUUUGCCUUUGAAGGUGGUAGUUGAAGCUUCCCUCUGAGUAGUUUUGGUACAGUAGCCAACUGAGGAAUAAAAAACCACGAUUUUUAGUCCCUCUUUUUGGAGCAUAUACUUUUUACUUUUUAAAAUGAACAAAAUUUAAAAAAAAAUAAUAAAAAAAAAAAGUAGGUAGCAAAGAAGUGCUAGCAUACGGGAUUGGGUUGGGAUGGCUGGGGUGCGAAUGCCACAGAACUACCUCCUGCGACAGCCGGCGUGGGCAGAGGGCAGAGGCUGCGGGAUCGGGAUCAGGAUCAGGAGAGCCCCUCGUGCACACAGCAUCUGCUCCCCCGCCGCCUCGAGGCUGCUGUCGGUGGGGUUGUGGCCAAGGGAAAAGUUUGGGAGGGAUCUGAACGAGACCAGCGAGAGGUCUCCCAAAUAACCCGAAACCCGCAGAACCCCCUUUGUCACCAGGCUUAAAAACGAGGCUUUGCUUUGAGGAGCACUCAGGUCAUCGACUCAUCAACACGAACUUUUGGACUUCGGGUCCUGAGGGUGCCUGAGUGUGGGGUGAGCAUUUCUGGGCAAGUGGCUGCGGCCUCGAUACCCGCAGCACGUAGGAAUAACGCUUUUCCACUGUCAAGCUCUAAGAAUCCACAGUGCCUAGCAGAGAACGGUCAGGGCCCGCCCGCCUUCCACCUUCCACCAAGGAAAUUCCUUCCCAAAUCUUACCUUUCCCUGCAGGGGCUUUGGGGUGAGCGUGGGAUUCUGGUUCAGACCGUAGUCCGGUUUUAGAAUAACCUCAGGUUGUUUUUAGCGCGAUCAACUUCAAAUAUAAAGGAUCCAGACGGAGACUUAUUUUUUACUGUACUAGUGCUGAUCCUACAGAGUACCUGAAUUCUUGACACUGUUGUGUUUCUGUAUAAAUAAUACGUGUGCUGACUUUUUUUCAUCCUGAUCCUCUGGAUAGGGCCGGUUUUAUUCCUGCAACGCAGCCACCCAAUUUUGUGAAAUAAAAAAGUCUUUUUUGUACAAAG